CAAACAAAAUCUUUCCACGUUUUUUCUUUGGUCAACAACGAUGGCCGACUGACUCAAAUCAUCAUUUUAUAUUUGUUAAAACCGAUGAUUUAAGCCCAGUACUAGUAAUCACUACUAAUCACCUCAACCUCCCCAAAAAAAAAAAAGAAAGAACACACCAUCCAUGGCGAUUACAGAUUUUUUACCAAAAGAGUACGGUUAUGUCGUCAUCAUCCUCGUCCUCUACUGUUUCCUCAACCUUUGGAUGGGUGGUCAAGUCGGCAAAGCUCGUAAAAGUGGUGUCACUCUGAUCCGUUCUUGAGCCACCCUUUUGUAACGUUGAUGAUAGUUUCUCUGGGUUGUUUUAGUCUACAUUUGGAACCGGUCUUUGUAAGUUGUCCACAAAAUUUGUGUGAUAAGAAUAAUCUUUGGAGUUUUCUCAUUUUGUUACUUUUACAAAAACUUUUCAAAGUUGUAAUAAUAAAUCAAUGUAGAACAAUCUAAUUUUCACAUCCCUACGGAAAUAUAUGUUGAUGAGUUUGGAUCA